AUGCCUCCGCUCCACACAUCCAUAUACACAUACGGAGUACACAUCCAGACACAUCACCCACUCCGACUCAGAGCUAAAGAAGAGCUAAGAUUUCGGCUUCAGAAAUUGAUCGAGGAUGAGACCAUGCACAUCACAUAUCCUGAUAUUUUUAGCCGGGUCGAACGAGCCAUCUUUAGCAUCCUGUCGUUUCUUUUCCUUCAGGCUCUCAGGGCCGGAAAGCAGAAGCAGACGAAUGCGUCUCCGCAAGCAGACAGCUUCGUGUUUGAGCGGGUGAGCGGACGAACAGACAGCGUGAUCAAGCAGGAGAGCGAAGCGCCACCUGGCCUCGAAUGGGGACCGAGGACUGGAAGACCGCUGGUGGCUACCUUGGCUCUCCUCAUGAUGGCAUAUGAGGGAACCGAUACGGGGUUUGCGCCGCUGGUGCGAGAAGUCAUAUUUAAUGGCGAUAUAUAUAUUGGCCCUUUUUAA